CCCUACCGCGUGGCAGUAAUUCUUCAACCUGUUCUACAAUGAAAGACUCGGCUCUUAACCGCCAUGAAUCAGAAGAUGCUGCAUCUUCAUGUCCACCGAAUGAAGAGGAUUUUCAAAAUACAUACGGGGAUACUAAAGGCAAACAGAAAGAAAGAUUGGCAGUAGCGGCUGCUCAUCUUGAGGCAUCUAGAAAAUUGGUUAUGAACGCCAUAACUACAUCACGGGAAAUGCCCAAUUUCGUGCCAGAUUCCAAGCUUUCUGGUGGACCAAGUUACAUGGGAUCGUCUUCACAUCUUUCUGGAGAAUCCUCAUCAUAUAAGGGACAUGAGCAGGCAUCGUUCGAACCGAAUCGGAAGACUGCAAACGAGUGCCAAAACGAUUCAUUCGACGCAUUCACCGAAUACGUUACCGAGGCACUGGUGACCGAUGACAAAUAUGGAUCUUCAUUUAUGGACCAGGAAGCGUCAGACGGUUUAGCUGUGUUAGAACUUCUCUCUCAACAGGAAGAUGAGUCGCAUGGGCUAGCCUUUAGUCCAGAGUAUGACGCCCGUGCGCCUGGGGAAGAUAUCUUAUGGAAUGCACCUCUAGAUGAGAUUCCUAGCGACCAAGAAAAAGAAGAGAAAGGGGAGCGGCUCGACUUUACUCCUGACUUCAUUACUAGACCUGAAAUUUCGCAGCAAGCAGAGCCCUACCUUGGAACUGGAGACAUUCGAGAAACGAGCAGCACAUGGUUUGGAUAUUGGCAUGAUGUGUUCACAGCAUACAAUGCCCGAGUGUGGGGCAAUUCGCCAUUAGUGACGACUUCGAGAACAGCAGAACAGCAAGGCGACGACAGCAGCGAGCCAGCAACUAUCACUCGCGCGCUGAGUAGACUAAAACUAAUAUUCCAUCAUCUUAAAGGAUAAUUAUUUUACUGUAGCCCAGCCUUAUUGACAUUCUCGAAAAGCUUGGCGCCACUUGCAAAAGAUGAAGCACAUGCAUUGAAUCAAUAGGUUGUAUCAAAUUCAAUACACUUGUAUCUUUACCCCCAGUAUCUACCUAGUACCUAGUAGCUACUAGCUACCUCUAUACUACCUAGUAGUAACUACCUAUACCUAUACCACAGCUGCAUAUUAGUCUGGCUCUAUUUUACUCUUCUUGUGCAACAUCUCU